CUUUAAAGCACAUAUUCGUUAAUUACGCCUCUAGAAACUUGAAGGGAGAGGGAUUCAAAGAACUCACACUCAAAGUAAUGAUGGCAUCUCUCUUUUGGAAUCCACUAAGCUUUCCCUUUUCUUUAUAUAAUUCUUCAGCUCCUUACUUUUCCCACAAAAUGCAUACACUACGCAACACACAGAAUACCAUAGCCUACUUAGGACUCCUUUGCCUCUUCCAAAACUUGUUCUUUUCAGGAAACCACCACCAAAUCUUUUUCACCCAAAGAAAAAUGGGAGCCAUAUGCUGUUGUGGAAGAAAGCCAAGCAAGGGGAACAGCCUGGAUAGAAAGCUUGAAAGGAAAAUAAUUGAAAUGAGGAAAAACAAAUUUGGAAAAUCCAAAUUGAAAUCUAUUGAUAGCGUAGUUAUGCUGUUCCCUAUGUUUAGGGAGAAACUGAAAACAUUAAGAGGAAUGUUUGAACAGUAUGACGAGGACUCGAAUGGAUAUAUAGACCCCAAUGAACUCAAAAGGUUCUUAGAACAUCAGCAAUUUCAUCUUCAAGAGGAGGAGUUUGAGACCCUUUUCCGUUAUUGUGAUAUUGAUGGAAGCAAAGGCAUACAAUUUAACGAAUUUAUUGUUCUUGUUUGCCUCAUCCAUCUCCUACAAGAACAAGCAUCCUUUGAUAGUUCAUCAAAGGCAGAGUUAGCAAACCUUGGAGAAGUAUUUGAUACUAUGAUUGAAGUCUUUCUGUUUUUCGAUAAGAAUGCCGAUGGGAAGAUUAACAAGAAGGAUAUGGUGAAGACACUAAAUGACACUUACCCUUUGGAGAAAUCUCCAUCACACAUCACUGAAAAACGAUUCAAAGAAAUGGACUGGGACAAUAAUGGACAAGUCACUAUCAGGGAGUUCCUCUUCGGUUUCAUCAAAUGGGUUGGAAUUGAUGCAGAUGAAUAGAUGCAUGAUGCAUUGUGUAAGAACAGAUAUACUUCUAAGAGGAUUGCUUUAAUUUCUA